AAGCAGAAAGCUACUUAUCCGGGUGUUUCAGCUUUUUCUGUCCGUUCUCCUCCCUUCGAACUGACAUGCACAUGCUGCGUUUGCCAUAUCAAGUUAUCAACAUAACAAAGACUACGAUAGAUUCAAAUUUGACAACUUCAAGCCAGAAACGUUGAGAGCAUAGAAAGCACAUAGAUUGAGAACUCUGAGCUCCGAAAAAAUGGAGAAGCCAUCUUGGUUUCGAACCAUUUUCGUACAGGCGUCUCUCUGCUUUGCUCUCUAUCUUGCUCUGAACUUGGGUCAGCCUCAGAAGCCCAUUCAAGGGAAUAGGAGUGGAAACAGAGGUCUUGAUCUUUACUUCAUCAGUGUUAGAGGGGGUUUCAGACCACUUAAGCAACAGACCCAUCUUCUGAAACUGAUGGACAAAGUGGCAAAGGCUUACAAUGUAAGUUUUGUGGUGAACACUAGUGAACUUGGAGAGGAUGAUCCACUCAUGCAGAAUGGUACUGUGUUUUUCUCAUCCCUGAAAGUUCCCUGGUAUACUACUAGAACAACAAAAGGACAUGGAGUCUGUUGCUUUCUAGAGCAGAUAAAGCUACCUUAUGGGAAAACCUUAGACAUUGUCGGUGUGGAUACUGGUUCAUUACAGGAUUUGAUGCUUAGGGGAUCAUCGAGUGAAAUUGAGCAGAGUCAGUUACAUUGGCUGACAAGGACACUAGAAGUAAUCAGUGGUAACUGGCGCAUUGUUGUUGGAUUCCAUCAAUUGGUUGUUUGUGAAGAGAACAAUGAGCAAAUGGAGGCAAAGCAACUUUAUGAGCUUCUUCAUCAUACUUUUGUAAGAUUUGGAGUUAAUGCGUACCUAAGCGGACAUGAUUGCACUAAACAUGUUCGUCAUGGCAACAUUGCUUACAUUGGCCGGAAUCCGGCCUCGAGAGAGAAUGAACCUUAUUUGGCAACUGUAAGUGGACAACCAGCCUUGAAUGGAGAAUUGGUCAAUGGCUUUCUUCUUCACAGAGUCAGCGCAAUAGAAAUUGCAACCUACUUUAUUUCCUCAACUGGGGAAAUUGUGCACCAAAUUUUGCUCCAACACAGGGGUAAGGAGGUGAUGUAAAACCCUCAUUUUGAGGAGCAAAACUUUACCCUUGUGUGAAGCCCCUCAACUUGAAGCAAGUUUUUCUAUGUCAGAUACGCCAUUCAUUCUCAACAAGCCUUCAACCCUAGUUUGUUUUGCAGAUGAGAUGAGUUAAGGUUAAAGUUAAAAGUUAAAUAAAAUAUUGUUAGAAUAUAUUUUUCUAAUAUUAUUUUUGUUUUGAAAUUUGAAAAAACUGAAUUGUUUAUUUUAUUUUGUGUGAGAAUUUAGAAAAGUCGUAAUGAUUAGAUGAGAAGAGAGGAAUUGUGAAAACAAACGAGACGAAUUUGGGUUACGCUCACUUUGAUUUUCAACUUGCUAUUGGUGUGAAUUUGGGUUGGAGAUUGUUCUGUUUGAUGCUAUAAAAAAACUCGGUUGCCCAAUCAGUUUUGUCCCCGAUGGAACUACAACUUUUCAUAAUGGUUAAUACCAAAAUAAACAAAGAAAAAUGCCAAGGAAAUAGAUGAAUCUGCUCGAGAAAUGCUUAGAAAAAUAUAAGAGUGAGGUAAUAGGCACGGCAGGGGGAUCUACAGAAUUUAAGAUUGAGGUCUAUAUGAAUGAAUGGUAGUAAAUGAUAUGUGAUUAUCAAUUUAAUGUAUACUCUUUCUGUUUUGCAUGGAUUCAAAUUUAAGUUUAUAGCAUAAGAAAGAUGGACACAU